AUUAUAUCGACAGUGGUCAGCUGGAGCCAUAUGUAGAAUGUUCCUCGUGCGAGCGGAGCGCUAAAGUCAUCAGAGUGGAUAGACGCGAACCAAGUCACCGAGUCGUGUGUUGUGUUGUGUUGUGUUGUGCGGUGAGUACAUACGAUCGAGACGGCAGAGGAAGAAAAAAAAACGACUUGUUGAAUUCAGUUUUUGGGAGAGAACCGGGUGACAGCCGAAAUUUGAAGGACGCUGAUUGUCCACUGGGAACCGAAAGUUGAUGCAACCGGUGACGAGAACGUGUGCUAUUUUGCAGAAAAAAGAGGUUUUCGUAAAAAUAAAAGCCUAGGACCUACAGUUCGCGAGGUGUCACGAAAGGAAACAACAAGUGGUCGAACGGAUUUAAACGGCAAACAUCUGUGUUCAUGGUGUGAAGUUGACGAUACCCGUCGGUGAAGUCCAGCAUCUCCAUUAUCAAGUUGCUUCAGGGGAAUCGGUGUCAAUUAGGCAAAGUUUGAUAAUUGCUUCAAACCGCAUCGGUCAUAAGCUCUUUAUUCACGCUGCAGACAUGCGUGCAGCCAACUGAGUCAACUGAUUUGAACAUUGAUCGAGUCUUAGUCCAACGUGUCCAGACAUCUUAGCAUCGGCUGAAUUCAACGUACGCAGCAAAUCAUCGGGAAUCAACUUGGAACCUGUGAAGCUCGAGAUACUGCUAGUAAAUUCAAAUUCUACCGUACGCAAAGCGACAUCCCUGCGUAAGAGACUAACGUACGGCAUCGCUACAUUUUGAUCCAACUUACUUAGUAGACUCUAGAUUCAAUACGUAGGAGGAAGCAACUGAGAAACAGCAAUCUUGCUGCGACCAAAUCAAAAGAUAAAAAUAAUCUUGAAAAGGGGAUCAAAACAUUAGGCAAGAAAGAGAGUCCCAAAAAAAAAAAGCAGAAGCAGGGCUACAGAACAAGAGCAAGCGAAGAAAGGCAACCGAAUUUUUCAAUCGAACAACGGCGUGUUUGCUGCUGACGGUGAAACUGUUUCCUGAUGUUCACAACUGGGAGCGGUUGAUGCUGAAUGCUGUGGAGAACGAGAGGAACACCGCGUGAGUGACCUGAUUGCCGCAGAGCUGAGUAACCUGUGCAGAGAAGCUGUUGCUGUUGCUGCCGCUGCUGUCAAACACAGAAGUCGUGUACCGUCCGUCGGUAGCUUAUUCAUCCAUCUGUCAAAAACGUACACAGAGAGUGAGAUCCCGUUCCUAAAUAUUCCAUUCAGUUCAUUCGGGAUCGCGGAAUUUUACGGGUGCAAAAUUUCGUUUCGCGAAAAUUAUCGGUGUGAAGUGUGUGGAAAACGAAUUGUUUAGUGACACGGCCCUUUCCCGGUAAACUUGUAGCUAUCAAUCUACGAAAACAACUGUUCGGGAGUGCGUGAGUGUGAUAAACCGAUCCGUAAAUCCGAGGAAUUUUCGCUAGGCGGAAGUGUUCAGUGUAAUUUCGUCUAAGUGCUAACACGAAAGCGACACAAGUAAGAAGAAGUGCCCAAAGCGCUAGAACCGUUUAGAACCGCGAGCGUGAAUUUUCCUUUGAUACCCGUACCCAGAAAAGCCGCAAAAAUUUGGGAAAUAAUGGAUCCCAAUGCAGCGCGUGAUUCGCGCUACAAUUUGAACUACAGCAUGAGUAUGAUGAGCGAAACGCCGGAGAUCUACGGAAAUCCGAACGUUUCGCUAGCCCGCCCUCCGAGCGGGGGCCUGGUCGGCCAGGUCAUGUCUCGCGGGGGCGGUCUCAUGAGUUCGACGAAUGGACCGCAGUGCGGUGCCGGUGGUGGUGGAGGCGGUGGCGGCGGUGGUGGUGGCGGUGGAGGAAGUCUAUCCCGUGGCAUCAAACGGACCAACUCGGACUGUUACGACGAUGGCCGGCAGAUGGUCGGUUCGCAAAAUCUGACCGGCCUCGAGGGUUGCAAUGUUGGUUCCGACGUUGUCGAUGAAAGCUACACCUCGCUGCAGCCAAAGAAGUCACCACCGAGCAACGGAAAGAAAACAAAGGGCCGUGUCAAGAUUAAGAUGGAAUAUAUCGAUAAUAAGCUGCGACGGUACACGACCUUCUCGAAGCGCAAAACCGGAAUCAUGAAAAAGGCCUAUGAACUUUCGACCCUAACCGGCACGCAGGUGAUGCUGCUGGUGGCCUCCGAGACUGGUCACGUGUACACGUUCGCGACGCGCAAAUUGCAGCCGAUGAUCACAUCGGAAGCGGGUAAAGCGCUCAUCCAGACCUGUCUGAAUUCGCCGGAUCCUCCCACCGGGUCGACCGGCGAUCAGCGGAUGUCUGCCACCGGGUUCGAGGAAACCGAACUCAGCUACAACAUCGGCGACGAAGAUUCGAAAGAUGAUCGUUCCCCGAUGUCGUCCGGUAGCGAUACCGAUGACUACUCGCCACCAGAUUCGCCUGGGCCAAGCUGUAGCAAUAGUAACAUAAAUUCUAAUCCACUCAACAGUAGCAAUAAUCACAGUGUUAGUAUAGCACCACAAACGUCAUCUUCUAGUGCGCCAACUUCAGCGUCGACCGUAGCAACCACAUCCGGCAUCGGUCACGGAAACAACAACAUCAACAGCACCAGCAAUAGUAACAGCAUCGCUUUGAAUGCCAUCCAGCAGCAGAUCAAACAACAACAGCAGGCUCUGCAGCUACAGCUACAACAGCAACAACAACAACAACAACAUCAACAAUCAUCACUCUCAUCAUCAAUGGCAACUCAACAACAACAACAUCAGUCUCAAUUGUCUAACAGUGUCAUCUAUCCGGCAGCGGCCUUAGCAAAUCUACCUCAGGAUGUUCUGGUCAACCUGCUACAAACUGGACAGAUUCAGCUGCACAAUGAGGAUGGCGCCCAGCAGUACAUCACCAUCCCACUUUCACUGAUGUCCACCUUAAAGUCCGACCCGAAAAACCUAAAUGCGCCAAAUCCGGGAAAUGUCAAAUCAACAACUUCUACUCAUAGCCGCGCUUCAUCGUCGACAACGACCGGUCGGAGGGCACCGUCAGGAUCAUCAUCAUCGUCGAGGGAGUUGUCCAUUAAAACGGAAGUCAAUGAUUCGAACUAGAACCGAACGGGCUCUCCGAAAUUACAUUGUUCUUUUCUAUUUCGUUUAGGUGUAGGACACCUAAAAACUACUAGAUUAAGAAUUUUAUACCAUUUGCUGAUUACGGUGAACGCGAUAAGUUUAUUAAGAAAUAAACUGCCAACCUUAAAACAAUAGCUUCUAUCAAUAAACCAUUUUGCCUUAGUUUGUUUGAUAAAACAAAACCAAUACUGUAACAUGGGAGCUUAUUGUCAGCCUCUUGUUACCCUGAAAAAAAUAAAUUAUCAACGAUGAACACAGUCUCUGUUCGCCUUGCAUCGUUAGAUUUUGCGAAAAUAUUUUCCUAUCCACCAGGAAUGGCAUAAAACCAAGAUCGUAUUCAAAUUUAUUGACCCCAGCAUUUUAAAAGACGGUGCAACAACAUAACGGACAAAAUUAUGUUAAAUCAGACAACAACGAGCACAACCGUGGGAUGCCAAAAAAUGUUCAUUCAUCAUAAUUAGAUUUAUUCAAUUCAUUUAACGAUAGAAAAACCCGCAUUACGCUCAAAAAAGUAAAGCUUACAUAAAGCGCGAUUAUUCACAGCUGUUGUCAUUCAAAGGUUGACUUCUAGAUUAAUUAUGAAAAACUGAAAUGCUUAAAGUAAAUAUAAAAAAUAACAAGUUAUCAGAAACUUUAUUUUCUAGCUGAAUUUACGAGUUACAUUAAUAGUUUAAGUGGCCAGCGACCAAUCAUCAUCUUUGAUAGUGUAUUACUUAAGCGAUCAUUUUCGUUGUUAGUUUCUUGCCUUCAAGUUUUGUUUACACUUUCGAUACGUAUAGUCAUAUGUUCUAAAAAAAAAUAGUGUAAUUUUUCCUGUAUAACUUAUUAUAACAUUAAC